UACUUUUCUUAGCUUUCUCCUUAUGCACUUUUUCCCAUUUGUUUGCAGUAUUCUUGUCCUUUUAUUAGUUUCUCUCUCCAUUUUCCUCUAAUAUAUUCCUCUUCUUCUUGACUAAAAAUUCAAUUUGUUUUGACCAUUUCCUUCAAAUAAAAGAUAGACUAAAAAAAAUGUAUCAAAACCAGGAGUACCCUUUUCCAUGUUUGUGUUGCCACCCUCAAAGUUACAUUAGAAUGGUACAAAAUCUGAUAGAGAGGUGUUUGGUUCUUGGCAUGGAUAGAGAUCAAUGUGUUAAGGCGUUAGCUAUACAUGCCAGAAUCCGCCCACUCGUAACAUUAACAGUGUGGAGAGAGCUUUUGAAGGAGAACACGGGCUUCUUUCAAGCUUAUUUCAGCAGUAUAUCUUGUCGAGGACUUAAGCAGGCGUAAUCAAAGAGGACCAGGAUUUGGAAGAAGGAAACAAUAUUGGAAAUGAAUGCAAAGCGACGAAUCUUUAAUAUUGAAGAACUUAGGUUUUUCUGGAACUUAUUAACACAUAAAAUUGUUACGAGAUUUCUAGAUAUAUAGUAUUCAGACUUUUCCUCUCCCCCCCCCCCCCCCCCCCCCCCCCGGGGUUAACCCUUGUUUUGGAGGUUUUAAUUUAGAAAUGGCUUAUGGCUAUGAAUAUAAAGUUAGGACCAAAUAAAUGAAAGAUCGACGAGUGUCCAGAUACGUUCAAGUACGUUUUUAGAAAUGGGACGACAUAACUGAUCAUUCACAAAUGUAUAUAGUAUAUAAGUGUGUAUGAAUAUAAGUUAAUAUAUAAGUGAUUUUUUUACACUGUUUAUGUAGUUUAACUCGUGACAAUAGGUUAAUUAUAAUUUCUACUAGAUUACCAGUUAAUGUCUUUCGUAUAGAUUUACUUGUAGUCAGUACAUAAUAAGCGAUCUACAUAUAUGACACGUCUAAUUUGAUGGUCUAGAUGGAUUAAUCCUAUCCCUUCAUUAUUCUUUGCAUAAAAGAGGGUACAUCGAAUUGAAGAAAAUGAUAGUUAAUUUGAAACUAAUUUUGAUUUAAAGGUUGAAAUCUUUGAUGAAUAUCCAGCAAUAAAUCUUGAAGUUUAGAAGCGCAAAAGUGAAAAGUGAUGUACCAUUUAGUUUCUACAUGCAAUAAAUCAUCCUUUUUAUU